AAUGUAUUAAAUAUCUGAAAAUGAAUGAAUGUGUCAGCAGAAGCCCUCUCUUUGGGACUGGAUCUAGUCUAACGGAGCUGCCGGCUGCAGUCUGUUCUGCUUGUGGCUUGCUAUCAUGCUGCCUUGUCCCUCCACGCCGGCUAUCACGGAAGAAUUGGUGGAGGAAGAACAGAAUGAAACAGGGAAAAUGAAAGUGGAGUGCAAGCGACUUGCUCGUGAACGAGAUGAGGCUGAGAGGCAGCUGAAACAAAUCAAGCGAGUUUCACAGAUGGUUAUAGAAGAAGUCAAUGCUCUUCACACACAAUUAGAGAUUGAAAAAUCCUGUCGAGAGAAUGCGGAAGUCUUAGCUACCAAGCUCAGUCAUGAAAACAAGAAGCUGAAGUACCUCAGCCUAACAUCACGAGUGUGCCUCGAUGACCUUUUGCCCAGCAUCUCAGAUUGCGGUGCUACAGAGGAGGAGCCACAGGACACCAGCCCUGACCCCUACAUUCAGUAUCAGCAGCAGGUUAAAGAUCUGCAGGAGACUGUAACACAGCUGCUGGAGGAAAAGAAACAGCUUGCUGGUCAAGUGCACGAACUACAGAACAAUAUUGAGGAAUUAACCACCAGACUGGAGAAAGAACAAGCUGAGAUGGAAGAGCUACAGAAUGUGCUGGAAAAACAAGCCAAAACAAUCAAAAGUUUCAACAGGGUGUCCACUUUGGCUACCCAGGAGUAUGAGGAGCUGAGGCAACAACUGGAUCUGGAACAGAGCCUGAGGCAGGAGGCCGAAUCCUUUGCUCAUGAGAUGCUGGUUAAGCAGAAGGAGGUGAAUCGGCAGAGCGCAAUCCUGCUGCAGCAGGCCGAUCCCAGCAUACAGCUGCUCAAAGCACUGGAGGAGGUGUCCACCAUCACAAAGACUUUGGAGGAGGAGAGGCUUCAGCAUCAAUUACAGAUACAAGAGCUGGAAUCCCAUUUAAAUGACUCAGCACUGCAGAAGGAACUGGAUGUGCUGCAGAAACAGCUGGAGAUAAUUGAGGAGGAGAGACGGGAAGCAGAACAACGAUCAAAAGAUACGGAACAGAGGAAGCAUGAGCUGGAGAAUGAAGUGAAAGAAUUAAAGGAGAAGUUGAAGUUCCAGAUGACUGAAUCAGCUCCAGCCAUGGCUUCUCCUCCCCCUCCCCCACCUCCACCUCCUCCUCCUCCUCCUCCUCCUCCCCCUCCCCCUCCUCCACCCCCUCCGCUUCCGGCCACACGUUGCAACCCAAUAAGUUCCCUCAUUGCUAUUGUGAGGCGAUCGUCUAAGAGCACCAAGACCCAGCCAAAACCCGAACCAAGCAACAAUCAGACAGGAAUCGAUGAUGUGAAAGUGAAAGCAGUGAAUGAAAUGAUGGAACGGAUAAAGCACGGUGUCAUGCUACGACCUGUGACACAUGUUUCAAAGAGGAACGUUAGCCACAAGCCACCGCCAGCGGAUGAGAAGACGCAGGAGAGCGCCAUGGAUGAGCUGAAGGGGAUCUUGGACUCGAUGAAGAAAAGCCCAAGUCGAGGGUUUCCAGAUGCGGGUCACAACAAGACAGAGAAUGAGCUGGAGGUUGUCCUGAGGCGGAGACGGAAGCAAACUUCGGAUUACAGUCCUAAAGCAGAUGGAAAUGACACAGAUGCCAGUGAUUCCACCUCUUCCAAAUCCCUCAGCCUGAAGGACAGCGAUGAAAGGAAAAGUGAUAAUCUGGAGUCCAGCCCCGUGCUGCAGGGUCCAGUAACUGCAGACCAUGAAAGCAGCAUUUCCGGAAGCUCUGAAGAAACGAAGCGGAAAUGUAUCACUAAACACGAAAAUAUUGAACCCCAGGGUAUCCUUAUAAGCAUGAAUGGCCAGUCAGUAUCACCUGACCAAAGAACCACCCCUACUCAGGGCCAGAACAACUUGAAGAGUCAAAGCACAGUUCAAGAAAGCAUUGAUGAAGAUUGUUAACAGCAGUAAUGAGGUGUUGUUGUCAAGGAGUUUGUAGUUAUUGUUGAAAAUGAUAACCUGUCCACCUCACCAGAACACCUUUAGCACUGAUGUGGAGGUUGAAAAGCAAAAUGGCUGGCAUGCAUGACCUGGUGAGGUAGCAUCCUGAGAACAUUCAGUCUUACUCACAAUUCAGCAGGAGAGAAAUGUAAAGUCAUUUAAAUAUAAUUCCUGUUCUCUCCAUAAUAAUAUUUACUUUUUUUCUACCGUAAGUGAGUAGAAAGUCAUAGGCUGGAACAUGCAAAGAGGAAUUUCAAACGUACAUUCCCAAUGGCUUCCACAGCUGAUGACAUAUACACUCGACGUCACUACCUCUAUUGAGGGAAGCUUUACAGAUAUUUUAACAUUCACAGAUGCACAUCUGGCUGUUGCCUUGAGAGAGCCCUGUUUUAUUCUUCAUUUUAUUAGUUUCAUCACCUUUAAUAAAGAUUUAGGCAUCAACAUUAGUCACAGCUAACUACAAAUUCAACCAAGACCACCAUUAGAAAUUCAUUCGGAUGUAAUCCUCAGAACCCCUGUACCUAUUUCCAUCCCUUCCUAUUGCUUUUUAAACAUGAACAAUAACUGAUAGAAGACAGCGUUUUUAUGAUACUAAAGAUGUAUAACUUGUUUCCUGAAUUCGGUUGAGCUAAGCCAAACAGGAGCUCCCUUGAUCUUCCUUGAAGGUAUAGUGCAACAUUUCAGAGUCAUCCUUUGGUUAUAGGCCAAAAGUACUCUAACUGCAAACUGUUAAACAGGUUAGUAUUCUAACUUCACACAGUUGGACAGGUUAGUGGAAUUGAUAAACAUAAUAUUGGUGGAACUCCCUUAUUAUAUCAUUCCUGUAAAACUUAUCCCCUGGAUCUUAAUGCUGAACCAAGUUUAUAUAUUUGCUGUACAUUCUGUUGAAAGCCUCACAGGGAAGCCAGGUAGUGUAGUGGUUAGCACGAUGCUAUUGCAGCUCAGGGUGUUGGAGUUUGGAGUUCAAUACCGACGUCCUUUGUAAGGAGUCUGUACGUCCUCCCACGGUAUGCAUGGUUUUCUCCGGGUGCUCUGAUUUACCGUACCGGUUGGUAGGUUAAUUGGUCAUUGUAAAUUGUCCCAGGAUUAGGUUAUGGUUAAAUCGGGGAGUUGUUGGUGGUUGCUGGGCAGUGUGACUCAAAGGGCUGGAAGGGUCUAUUCCACCCUGUAUCUCUAAAUAAGUAAAAAUAAGCGUGUCAUUAAAGAUUCCUGACGAAGGGUCUCGGCCUGAAACGUCGACUGCGCCUCUUCCUAUAGAUGCUGCUUGGCCUGCUGCGUUCACCAGCAACUUUGAUGUAUGUUGCUUGAAUUUCCAGCAUCUGCAGAAUUCCUGUUGUUUGUGUCAUUAAAGAGAAGCAUUGUUCUCCCAUACCUCAGCUCAGUGCUGCCUCCUAAUGACACAUGGUUGCUGUUGCACCUCUCACGGUAUCACUAAAACACAGUAGUCUCUGCAGAUUUAAUGUGACAAUGUAACUUUGAUGAGCAGAAGAAGUGGGGAACUGGAGUAAAUAGAAACUGAACUGGGACUUACUUGGGUCUCAGGGUUUUCAUGUCACAGGUCAUUCCCGAGCUGAGAGGCAGAAUAACAAUCAGAAAAAGAAAUUUCCUUUCAGGUGUAGCUUUACUGAUGCAUGAAUGGUAAAGGCUACUGCUGUCCUAGAGUUACACUUAUAUUCAAAUGAGAAAGAACAAAUGCAUACCUGAACACUGCUCAAGCCCACCAGGGAAUGUAAACUAACCUUGCUAAAGGCUACAUACUUAUGCAGAACAACAAGAGAAAAUCUGCGGAUGCUGGACAUCCAGGCAACACACGCAAAGUGCUGGAGGAAGUCAACCCUCCCCCUCCCAGUUUCACCUAUCACCUUGUGUUUCUCUCU